AUGUCUACAGGAGGAGGAUACGUUCCCCCGCCCUCAGUGGGCCAUGAAAUUGGCGUCAUGUUUGGCUUUCUCGGAGCCAUGGCUCUAUCCAUGGGCCUGUACGCAGUGGUAUGGAACAUGGGCCAGAAACGCAGUGCCGCCAAGGAGCUCGAGCGCCGCAAGUUACUCACCGAAAAGGGCAUCGGUACGCACUUGGACGCGCCGCAGAUGUCGACAUCGGCGUAG